AUGAGCUAAAAAAUUCAAAAAAACUAAUUAUAAAUUCUUUCAAAAUCUAAGUAAAUGAAAGUUAAAGAAGGUCAUGAUGAGAAGAAUAUUUUUAAUUCUUAUAUUUCAACACAUGCUGAGGAAAUAGAUGAUUAUUGUAAAGAAUCAAAGAAUUAAGAAUAACCACAAAGAAAAUAAUCAGAAAGAAAUUGUUAAUCUGUUAAAAAAAGAGAGAUGUCAACUCAUUAGCUAAAAAAAAGACAAUCAUAAUCUGCACAUCCAAGUUCAGUGGUUAAAGUUCAAUUUCAAACUCCUUUAUAAAAUAGAACACAUCGAAAAUUUCAAAAAACACCAUUCCCAAAACAUUGA